AUGGCUAGCCGUCCAGCUCGGAGAGAAGAGAAAGUGCCAGAAGAUGACACUUCUGACCUGAGAAAAGCAGAUGUCACAGCAAUGGAAAUCAGUGGGGGCCACCAGAUCUGCCAUUCAAGGGCUCCGGCACCCUCCCAGGGAGGGGAGGGAGCUCUCGCCAGGAGUUUGGCUAAGCCUCUGUUUGCACAGACACUUGGAGGUGCGGGAUCUCCUCCGCAGAAACCUGUGGGAUUUCCUCAGGGAGCUAAGCGGAGCAGAGCAGGACGCGAAGGUAAAGAGAGCAGUUUGGGAGAGGCUGACUUGCAGUCGAGCUCCGACCCUUCGGGAAUGGACAGCAGCUACCUCAGCGUGAAGGAGGCCGGGGUGAAAGUCCCCCAGGACAGGGCCAGCACUGACCUCCCCAGCCCCAUGGACAAGGCCGACUCGGAGAGCAACAAGGGUAAAAAGAGGAGGAACCGCACCACCUUCACAAGUUACCAGCUGGAGGAGCUGGAGAAGGUCUUCCAGAAGACCCACUACCCAGAUGUCUAUGCCAGGGAGCAGCUAGCCAUGAGGACAGACCUCACUGAGGCUCGAGUACAGGUCUCUAGGAGCAAACUCAUGACCCUUGCAAAUUCAUUGUCCCUUGCUCUGUCUGAAGUCACCUACAAUUUCACCACAACCUGCAGGCAACUGAGCUACACCCAGAGCCUAAGCCAAAGGCUAGCAUGCCUCUUCUGUGCUGAGGGCAUCAACAUACCAAGGAAUGAGAACGAGGUGCUGGAGGGUAGUGAGCUCUUCCUGCUCGCCUCUGAGCCAGGAUAUGCAGCCAGCGUGUCUCAGCUAGAGUGUGGGACUGUCUAG